AUGGACGUGUGUUUUCCAGGCUCCUCUGCCGUCAGGGGUCCAGGCACAGUGAAGGGCCUGGAGAAGGGCUCGCUGACCGUGCGGUGUGACUAUGGCCAAAGCUACGAGACCCACAGGAAGUGGUGGUGUCGAGGGGCUGACUGGGGCAGCUGCAAGACCCUCGUUAGAACCACCGGCUCGGAGCAGGAAGUGAAGAAUGGCCGCGUGUCCAUCAGGGACAAUCAGCAGAACCACACUAUCACCGUGACUAUGGAGGCGCUAACACGGGGCGAUGCGGACACUUACUGGUGUGGGGUUGAUAUAGAAGCACGUACUGACCUUGGGACCCAAGUUAAAGUGACCGUUGACCUAGUACCAGUCACCCCAGAAGAGGACAAAGGCUCUCAGACUGUACCCGACAGCAGGGACGUCGUCACGGAGAUCCUCCUCCCCCUGGUGGCGGCCGUGCUGCUGCUGGUCCUGACGGCGGCCUCGCUCCUGGCCUGGAGGCUGGUGAGGCGGCAGAGGAAAGCUUCCGGGAUUUCCCCAGGGCAGGGUCCUUCUCAGAAGGAGGACAUUACCUAUGCAGCCCUGUCUCUGGGUGCCCUGGGUCAAGAGCCCACCUAUGGCAACAUGGAGCCCACCUACAGCAACACGGAGCGGCUCAUCACCCACAUCCCCCACAGGAGCCAGGAGGAGCCCACAGAAUACGGCACCGUCAGGAGGCACUGA